GAAACAAAAACACAGACACCAAAACCCCCAGCUCACUUCCUCCAAACCUAACCAGAGAGAAGCAGCUGAUUCUCCUCCAGGUCCUCCAGAAAGACCAGAAGAAGGAUCUCUGACAUCCAGAGAGGUGGAGGAGCAGCAGGAGCUCCCGGGCUGACUCGGUGAUGGAGGGAAGACGUGUGCAGCAGCUGCUCUGUCUGACCGUCACACUCAUCUCUACCACUCUACCAUCUCCACAAGGACUGAAAGUGACUCCCAGCAGAUCUCAGUUCCUUAAAGAAGACUCUGUGUCUCUGAGCUGUGAGGAGGAUGGAUGGACAGUGUGGAGGAACACCAGCAGAAAGAAGAGGCGCUCAUGUGGAGACGGGUGGGGAAAAAGAGACGGAUCUUCAUGUUCCAUCAGCUACAUGAUCGAUUGGGACAUUGGAGUUUACUGGUGUGAGUCCAGAGAGGGAGCAGCUGGAAGAAGCAUCAACAUCACUGUAGCUGAUACAGUGAUCCUGGAGAGUCCAGUCCACCCUGUGAUGGAGGGACAGGACGUCACUCUGGGUUGUAAAACGAGCCUUCAACCCUUCAACCUCUCAGCUGAUUUCUUUAAAGACGGAAUCUUCAUCGGGACCGAGCCCACAGGUCACAUGACCCUCCACCAUGUUUCCCGCUCUGCUGAAGGCCUCUACAAGUGUAACAUCAAAGGAAGUGGGGAGUCUCCUCUCAGCUGGAUCUCUGUCACAGGAAGAGCUCCACCCACAAGUGGAUCUCCGCCUGUCAACAUGGCCUCUCUCGAGUCUGCCUUCAGAGUUUUCUGUCACCUGGUGGUUUUCUGUCUGUACUUCAUCUCCACUCUGCUCAUGGUGUCUAUAUAUCGACAGAGAGCCACAGGUAACCGAAUGACCAAUCAACCAACUCAUCAGUCAGAUGACCGACUGAACAACCGUCCUGCCGACUGACCAGCUGACCACUGCGUUCACACUUCGUGAGUGGGGGUCCUACCGGGGGUUGUUAUGUCUCCCGGGGGUCUCUCCUGGACCUCUUGCUCUCUGUGCUUGGGCUCACGCCUUGUUGGGGGACAGUUGCCGCGUCCCACCCUCCGGUGGUCCUGGUCAGGCGGGCUGGACCCGCACAGGCCUCACCUCAUACAUCACUGGAUGGGACUCCGGGGGGCGGGGGAUCUCU